AUGGUCUUCGAGUCGAUCGUUGCUGAACUUUUAAACAAAAUAUUGGGGGAGUACAUUCAAAAUUUGGAUUACUCGCAAUUAAAACUGAGCUUAUGGGGAGGGAAACUUAUAUUAAAAAUACCGUUCAAAGAUAUGUGGAACGGACAAAUCGAUGCAAUAGUCGAGGAAUUAUUUGUGCUUGUGGUACCUUCAACCCAGGUUGCGUACGAUGCAGAGAAAGAAGCAAAAAUACACCUUGAAGCAAAACGCGCAGAGCUUGCGAGAGUUGAGAGAAAGAAACAGUUAGCAGAUACCAACAGUCGUCGUUUCAUUUGUUGUUCAGCACAAGAAAAACUAGAUGAUUCGAUGGUUGAAAAACUGGUUGCUCGUAUGAUAAAGAACAUUCACAUUGAAAUAAAAAAGAUACAUGUGAGAUACGAAGAUCAUAUUUCAUUUAAAGAUCAUCCCUUCUCAGUUGGGUUUACAUUAAGUACAUUUACUUUGGAAAGUUGUACAGAUUCUUGGGAGACAACAGGAAACUUGAAAGAUAUGUACGCCAUUCCACAAAUUUACAAGCUAUGCACGUUAGAUGGUUUGGCAGUGUAUCUCAAUACAACUGCGGAACAAUUUAGUAACACGCAGUCGGACUAUUUAAAUCUGUUUUACAAUGGAAUUGCAACCACGGAUUACAAUCCACUUGUAUUGGGUCCGAUAAAUGUCAAUGCGAAAUUAAAAUUAAAUCCAAAGCCAGAAACGGAUGGAAGUAACUAUACAAUUCCAAAGGUGUGGUUAGACAUGGAAAUGCAAAAAUUAAGAAUAGGGUUGGAGAGAAAACAAUAUCAUACUCUCGUACAAUUAGGAGAGGGUUUAGAUCAAGCUCAAAAGGCAGCACCAUAUAGAAAAUAUAGGCCAAAUUUAACAUCGUGGAGAUUUGCGUACACUUGUGUCUUGGAAGAGACAGUUCGUAGAAAACGCAAAAAUUGGGAUUGGAAUCAUAUGAAAGAACACCGGGAUAUGUGUCGCACUUACGCCGAUGCUUAUCAAACGAAACUAACGACUAAGAAAGUCGUGCACGAAACAGAAGAUGUCCUUACUAAUUGUGAAAAAAGAUUGGACAUUUUUAAUUUGGUCAUCAUAAGGCAGAAGAUCGAAAUGGAAGUAGAAAGAUUGGCGGAAAAAGAAAGAAGUCUGAAAGCGAAACGAGGUUGGUUCGGUUUCUUAUGGUCCAGUACGCAGGCAGAGGAAACGCAAGAAUUGAAUUCUGCAGCUGCUAUAAUGAAGAAAUUUAGCGAGGCAAUGACACCGCAAGAGAAGGAAAAGUUGUACAGAGCAAUCGACUAUCAAGAAAAUAGUGCGCCAGCCCAUUAUCCUGAAACAUACGAGAUGAUUGAUACGCGAUUUCUUUUACACGAACUACAAAUUAUAAUUUUAGAUACGGAUAAAGAGCAUCCUUGUGUCCUAGACCUUCAACUUCACAGUGUUGAGGCAGGUUUUAAGUCGAGACCAUCUGCCAAUGCUAUUUUAGUUACAGUAUCAAUUAACGAGAUGAAAUUAUUAGGAACGAAACAAGAUGAACAUAUUCCUUCACUUUUCAAUUCGCAUCAGCAUGGCGCGGAUAACGUUUUACUGUCGGUGUCGUACGAAAAGAAUCCUCUCGAUAAAUUAUGCGGUGAUCGUAUCGUAGUAAGAUCGAAAUCUGUGGAUAUUAUUUACGAUGCACAGACAGUAAUCGAAUUGGUUAACUUGUUUAAAGUACAAAAUUCAUCAACUUUGAACAAUCUGCAAGCAGUUGCUGCGGAACGAUUGGAAGAUUUGAAAGAAAUGUCGGCUUUAGGUUUGGAACAUGCUAUUCAAAAGCAUUCAGUGUUAGACAUACAGGUUAAUAUGCAAGCUUCUCAGUUAAUCAUACCGCAUGAUGGAUUUUAUGAUAACACAAAAUCGUUAUUAGUUGUGAAUCUUGGUAGUUUGCAAAUACAUUCUUUGGAAAAGCCAAAAGGUGACGACAAGGCAAACGUGUCUGUUAAACAAUUGAUCAGUAUGGGCAAAAGCGAAGAAGAUGUGUUAUCGCAUCUUAGGGAAUAUAGUUAUGAUAAAUUUGUUUUAAAGAUAGCCGAUUUUCAAGUAUUAGUUUCAUUACCGGGUGAAGAAUGGCGCGCAAUAUUGUCAAACGUGGAUGAUUCUGUGACAUUGUUGCAUCCGACAACACUCGAAAUCCAAUUUCAUAAGUGUUUAGUAAUGGACGAUCCUUUACUUCCAAAGUUCAGAUUAAUCGGGCAAUUACCAUCGGUUGUUGUUAAUUUAACAGAGCAAAUCUGUUUCGCAAUUAUCUUUACUGAAAGAUUUAACCACUACUAUUGCUGAGAAGAAGAAAGAAGAGUCUGCUGUAACUUCAGUAAAACAGAUGAUCGAUAUGGAGAUGAAAUUUGAAAUGAAAGAAUUCGCGAUACAAGUUUCGUCCCAAAAAGGCAGUGAAGUAAUACCGUUUGUAAAAUUCGAGAUAUUGCAGUUAGAAGCAGAGAUGGUACAACGAACUUACGAUCGAGAGAUAUCAUUAAGACUAGGCGGCGUUCAAGUUAAGCAACAUUACAGUCAAAGAGAAAUAUUUAUGAUAAACACUCCUAUGCUGUCAGGUAGACACGAAUAUUUGAUAACGGUACAGUACAUAAAUGUGAAUAAACGAUCUCCUGAAUUUAAAACAAAGCAUGGAUCUGUUCUUCAAUUGCUAAAAUUAGAAUUUACAACGUUAGACGUUUUAUUACAUCAGGAAGCUCUUAUAAAUCUUCUUCAAUUUAUAUCAUACGUUCAGGAUCAAAUGAACGUCAUAGCAAACGAUAAACUCAAGAAACAGCCUGCUUUGCGUCCACGGCCUAGUCAUUUGGUUUCCAUUCAAGAAGAAACUUCUACGUUCUUGAAGGAACAAAUUCAAAAGCAAAAAUUUAGAUCAACGACGCGACGAAGGAGAACAGCGAUAGAACACGUAGAUUUGAAAGUUCAAGCAAAAGUUGGGACCAUCUGUAUGAAGAUCACUAGCGAUUGCAGACAAAUCACUGCACUUUAUGUCGAUGGUAUCACCGCUGGAUUUGUAAUGAAAGCUUCCUACUCUCAAACAAACAUUAAUUUAUCUUCCAUUAGUAUUAAAGAUCUUAACGAAGCGUCGAUUUAUAGGGAUAUCGUAUCGGUGACGGAAGAUACUGAAUCUCUGCAAAUCCAGGCUAUAAUGUAUAACAUUGAACCGUCGGAAAUUGAUAAAAAUAAUAUGUCUAUUACGGUUGUUAUGGGUUGCUAUCGUAUCGUCUUUUUGAAUAUAUUUGUUACCAGUAUAAUGAGUUUCUUAAACAAUUUUCAAACGGCUCAACAAGCUAUAAAGGAUGCGUCAGCAGCAGCCGCAGAAGCCGCGAGGACAAAUAUUAAAGACGUUAAAGAAAGCGCAACGCGUAUUGGACUCGCUAUAAAAAUUAAGGCUCCAGUUAUAUACGUACCAAUGCAUUCAAAAAGUGAUCAUUGUUUGACGUUAGAUAUGGGUAAUCUUACUGUAUGUAACGUUUUUAAGAAAUUGGAAGUUACAAAUGACAGCGGAGAUUGCCCUAUUAUCGAUGAAAUGAGAGUCGAGUUGCAAAAUUUGAAAUUAUCCCGGGUAAGAUUAAAUGUAAAAAAGUUUGCGAUUGAAAAUGAAAUAUUGUUGUUGGAACCAGUUAGUUUUACACUGCUCGUUAAACGUAAUUUAUCUACUGCCUGGUUCACCUCUAUACCAGAUAUUGACAUGUCGGGCAGAUUAAAUAAAAUUAACAUAUUAAUAAGUAAAGAGGACUAUGAAACUGCAAUGAAAGUAUUGGAAAAGAAUUUAGGCGAGACAGCCGAAGAUAAAAGAUUUACGGCAAGCGUAAAUCAAUCCGAAAAGAAGUUAGAAGUAGAAGUUUUGCAACAUCAUCAUCAAAGUGACAAAUUUGUAAGAGCUACUGCAGAAGAUACGGAAGAUGCAAACUUGCAAGAACAAAUACAUGUGCACACGUCUAUCAAAUUUGAGUUUGUUAUGGACAGCCUUGUGAUUACCUUAUUCACAGGAGGUUCAAAAAUGUUGCAGUCACAAAGUUCUCUGCUUCAUCCACCAGAGAACGGACUAGCGAAAUUUUGUCUAACUCAUUUCGCCUUGAAAGGUCGAAUAUUUGCCGAUGGAUUAAUGGCAACUUCAAUUCUCCUUAUGAACUGUACCUUAGAUGAUAUACGUCAGAGCAGACAAGGUUCUCUUGUAAGAAUUAUGGAAAGAACUACUGCGAUACCUUCUAUGGACGACGUGGAGAAAGAAUCGAAACCCAUUCGUAGCAUGUUAGACAUGACUGUUAGACAGAGUUCAAACGAUACGUUCGUUGACAUUCGAGUUUUUUCAUUUAGCAUUAUCGUAUCGCUUGACUACCUAAUGAAAGUAAAGGAUUUUUUUACCGUCGACGAACCACCGACGAAUAAAUCAGUGCCCCAGCAGCACGUACCAAAAAAUCAAAGCGAAUCGGCAGUUAAAAAGAAACAAGUUACAUCGCCUACUAAAAAAAUGUUUACGAUUAAUAUACACGUUGAGAAACCAGAUAUUAUCCUGUUAGAAGACAUGGAUGACAUAAAUUCCAAUUGCAUCAUAUUAAAUACCGAAUUACUGCUGAAAGUACGUUUGAUGGAUGAGCAUCAAAUAAUAACAGGCUCCGUAAAAGAUUUAUCAAUUCUAGCUGGUAUAUACAAUCCCGUGAAAAGAAGUGACUGGAUAUAUCAGGUACUAAGACCGUGCAGUAUAAGUGUAGCAGGCUCCACACCGGAUGGCAAAGGACUUCACAUCGAUAUUUGUUGCACAGAUAUUCACUUAUCGGUUUCGCCGGGUGUCAUAGAGAUAUUGAAUAAAGUAGUUCAUACUGCCACAAAGACGCAAGAACAAGAUCAGGAAGUUGUCGUUACCGAAGAAAAUUACGAAGGAUUAUGGAUCGUGACUCCGUUUGAAGAAAAUGAUUUUUGGUUCUUAAAAACAGAAGUAGGAAUAGAAGCCAUAGAAGAAUUCGUAUAUUCUGACGACGAGGAUACUACGGUUUAUAAACCAGAAUUAGCAAUAAUCUCUGCCCCGACGAUUCUGUUCACGUUGGAAGCAGGCGUUGGUAAUAAAACGUUACCAAUGCUUUUACUUCACAUUGGCUUCCAAAGUAACGUUAACGAUUGGAGUACGAAAACUAUGAACGUAGAAAGUACAAUGUCGGUAAUUAUGGCUUAUUACAAUAGCUGUCUAGCAUUGUGGGAACCAUUGAUUGAACCGAUAGAGGAAAUUAAAAAUGAAAAAUUGAUUUCUACGCCUUGGGAGUUAAAAGUUAAAAUUCAAUUUAAUAAUGUAUCGCCAGACUCUAGAAAUGCAAGGACUAUCAGUCCUACGUCAGAUAGUGAAAUAGAAGAAUUACAUCAAACUCCUAAAAUGUCUAUCGACGUAGUAUCAACUGAAAAUUUAGAAAUAACCGUGACUAAAACUUGUCUGGAUGUACUAAAACAACUUGGCAAUGCAUUUUCAUCUGCUAUGGAAGCUAGUGGAAAAGGAAUGGCCAAAAAUGUGGCACCGUACGUGCUCAGGAAUGAAACUGGUUUAGCGAUAGUUUUAGACUUGGAGCGCAGUCACUUCAAGGUCUUUAGCGAUGGAUCUAAACUUGCGAGCAAUAACACAGAUUCGUACAUGGAAGUAAUUCUUGAAUCUGGUGCAUCGGUAGACUUGGCUCCGAGGACGACAAAAACCGAAAUACCAUUGGUUGAUCAAUUAAAAACUGAAACGAUCAAAGAACGAGACGAUGAUAAGUUUAUUAUUUCGUUCAAAGAAAUUAAUGGAACGUUGGCUAUACCUGUGUUAAGAGCUGAUAAAAGGUUCUUUUCAUUGAAGUAUCGAAAAGAUAAUUCCGAAGAAUGGGGUAUUGUUUCUGACGUUGUAGUAGAUGAAGGAAGUACCAUUGUUACUCUUCGAAGUAUUCUACAGGUACACAAUCAUUUUAGUCAACCAAUAUCCGUAUAUUAUAUGACUAAGCGUGGAAAUGAAGUUGAAUGUGUGGGAACUGUUGCUUCAGAUAGUAAGUUGAAUCUUCCGUUGGAUGCUGUAUAUACGCCAACAAAUGUUUACGGACUAUUUUUCAGUGUUGAGGGAUAUAUGGUUUCGAUAGAGCAAUUUAUUUGGAAAGAUCUACAAAAAACAGUUAGUAUGACAAAACUGUUGAAAUGUGAAUCUCGAGCGAGGCAAGAAGCUGUAGAACCAUUUUACAUGAAGAUGUUUUUCGUGAUGAUUGUGGUUGGUAGUAUUUUAUAUAAUAACAACACUAUUGGCUUAUUAUUGAAUGCUAUUAACUGGCGAUCCGUAUUCUGUCGUUUCAUUGAUUGCGUCAAGCAUCUUUGCUUGAAAACUUUACCCUCAGAGCACAAAAAAUAUCUGGAUGCACCUAUACAGGUUGUUGGUGAAAUAGAACAAGUUUAUUUCGAAAAUACUAGUCGACAUACAAUGGCAAGUACGAUUUAUAAUGUUCAUUUGUAUCCAGCUGUAUAUUUGAAGAACUUCUUGCCUAUCGAUAUUAUCGUAUGCCUACCUGGAGCUGUACAGGAAAAGCUCUUAGAAGCUGGUACAUCUUAUCAGAUCCCCACGAUUGACCCAGGAAAAUCUCAUAUAAUCAUAAAAUUACCAAAUUAUUUAGAGAAAGAUUGGUCAUGUAGGGGUGAGAUAUUAGCGAAUCCACCAGAGUUUUCUGUGUGGUCUUUCGAAUCUUUUGAUAGCGCACAAAAAGUUAUAAUGGAUUUGGGAAUGCAUACAUCGUAUAAACAUGGUUCUAUCAUUAUGGCGUUAUAUUGUCCAUUUUGGAUGUUAAACAAAACAGGCUUAAUGUUGUCUUAUCGAAGUGGCGAAGACUAUCUAAAUGUACUUUACCAUCCAGAAAAUUUUAAGGGACCAAUAUUGUUUUCAUUUCGCUCCAAAGUAUUCUUCGGUAAAAAGAAGGCAAUGAUAAGAGUCGAGGACGGUGACUGGUCUGAUAAAUUUCCAAUAGAUGUUGCAGGAAGUGAGGGAGUAGUCGUUUGUAAAUACAAUGGUCUGACGUACCAAAUUGGGGUUCAUAAUCAAUUGACUUAUAACUCUUUGACGAAACAAAUUACAUUUACUCCAUAUUAUGUAUUGAUAAAUAAUUCCGAUCAUCUCAUUGAAUGCCAAGAAGGUAACAGACCAGCUGAUCCUAUGAUUAAGGUUCCUCCCAGGGAAUGUACACCUCUCUGGCCUCGUUCCGACCAUGAACAGAAAACUCUGUCCGCCAGAAUCGCAGGUGAUCCCGAAAAAACUGCACCAUUCAUUUAUACAGAGAGCCAUACAACUUUAUUGAAAUUAAACAAUAAGUAUGGAGGAAUUAACGUAGAUAUACAAAUAAGCGAGGGUGGAGUGUACAUUUCUUUAUCCGCGUAUAGUCAUGGAAAUGCCCCGGCAUUAAUUAUCAAUCAGACUCCGCACACUAUCGAUUUCUGGGAGAAAGGAUCCCUGAAUGUCAGAUCUAUACAGUCGUACAAUAGGAUGUUUUACACCUGGGAGAACCCUGCAGGUCCGCGGAGAUUGGUCUGGGAGGAUAACAAUAAGAAAGAAAUCGAAGAGACUCUUCGAAAAGAUACUUUGGGAGGUUUUCAGUUACCAGAUUUAGCAGAAGAAAUAUACUACGUGUCAUUUUUGGAUGGUACGCAACGAGUACUUCUAUUUACAACAAACGUGAAAGUUGCAGAAGAUUGUGAAUUAGCGGGUGAUUUUGAACCAAUAGAACAGGAAAUAACAAUAAGUAUUCACGGAGUUGGCUUCUCUCUCGUUAAUAACGUCGUGAGAUCUGAACUGCUAUAUUUGUGUAUAGCUAGUUCUGGAAUUAUAUGGGAAACGCGUAAAUCUGUUAGCCAUCGUUGGCGCGGUCUGGGUACAAGGGAGGUGAAUGUUAUAGAAGAGGGCUAUCAAAAAUAUAUGCGUGAAUUGCAAAUAGGAAAAGAUCCGACACAAAAAGCAGUACUUGAACCAAAGUUAGAGGUUGAUUAUUUGAACAUGGAAAUGUUGAAGCCGCAUCGUCGUUUUCUGCGACGUACUUUCCAAACUGGUUUGUGGUUGCAGUAUCGCACUUCGGCACAUCAAGUGCAAUUACACGCAAAGAUCAAUAGAUUGCAAAUUGACAAUCAACUCGCAGAUUGUGUUUUCCCAGUGAUAUUGGCUCCAGUUCCACCACCAAAAAGUGUUACAGCGAGUACCGUUAUGAAACCAUUCGCCGAGCUUAGUAUGGUUAAACGAUUACUUGAACACAGUAAUGUGCAACAGUUUCGAUACUUCAAGGUUCUUAUACAGGAAUUUCACGUGAAAGUGGACAUUAUAUUUAUCAAUGCGAUCAUGGGUCUAUUUGAAACAAAUGAAAUGAACGAUGCGGAAGAA